AUGCAAUAUCCUCCAUCGAAGGAAACAGAACUGUCAAAGAUGAAGGAAGAACAGUCGAGUCCCGAGGAGGAUAUCCUCAGCCAAACCCAAGACCCUUUGGAGAGAAGGAGGUUGCAGAACCGGCUGUCGCAGAGAAACCAUCGACGCAAGAUCAGAGAGCGCAUUGCAAAACUGCAAGAGCGUGUCAUCGCCAAUGAACUGAGAGCGGCAGCCGCCCUCAACGGAUGGGAUCACGCAUAUAAUCCUUCACUAUUUCCCAGGCCUCACUCAGCCCAGUCAGACAAUGACCUCAGCUUUGGCUCGCGGGAUAUGUCUCCGUUGAUUCCCGACUGUUCGUCGUUCAUGCCCUCGUAUCCUCUUUUCCCGCAGUCAUGGCCGAAUGACUACAACACUUUUCAACAGCAUAGCAGCUACCCUGGAGACUUACCAUACUUCUCCACUGCCAGUGAAGCAAGUUCAGUAUCUCCUGUGACAAGCGGGCUGACACAGUCUCCCACAAUGUCACCGCCUACGACUGUCAUUGAAGAUACAUACCGGGAUAAGGGCACCUCAGAGUCUUUGAUCCACGAUUCCGUUUCCACAUCGCCACACCAGCCUCUAUACUAUGUUGCCACUGAAGCAGCACUGCCUCAAAUAAUCCAGGUCAUCAACGCCAUGUCCCCCCAAUAUAAAGUGAUCGUUCUUGUUCCUCCAGAAUCGCCAGCGUCAGCAUCUGCACAUCCAUUCCCAACACCAGAUCUGCUGCAUGGAGCCGGUCACACUGGAUUGGAGCAUACUCCUCCACAGCAGUCUAACCCUCAAAAUAUGGGCUGUCUGUGUUCCCAGAAUGGUUAUUCUGCACAGUCUGGACACACUGCCCCGAGAUCUUGGCUGGGUGUCGGCCAAUGUCCACAGGUGUCGAAUCCAAUGUUAGCAUAG